CGGCCCUUGCACAGGUUGACUAUUUAGUCUGAAAAGAACUACAAAACAGAUCAGACUUCUCUGGUGACUCCAUAUAUACAUUACACAUAUCUUCUGCCUACCAUGGCAUCCUCAACCAGUUCAGGUUGGACACAGCUCCGGCAACAAGCACGGUCGCUUGAAACUCAGACCGAGAACCUUUUCCACACUUAUUCACAAUUUGCCUCGAUUACCAAACCUCCACCAUCACCUACCGAGGAAGAGCUACGGCUUGAAUCGCAAUUGAAAGACCUACUCGAAAGACGCGAGUCUGUCAUCGCCCAACUAUCCCGUCUCCUCGACUCCGAAGCCACCCUCACCUCCUCCGCCCUAAAACAGAACAAUGUCUCCCGCCACCGCGAAGUACUGCAAGACCACCGCCGCGAGCUCCAACGUCUGACCGCAGCCAUUUCUGAAUCGCGCGAUCGCGCAAACCUACUCUCCAAUGUCCGCUCAGACAUCAGCUCCUACCGCGCAUCCAACCCUGCCGCCGCCGAGGCCGAGUACAUGCUCGAAGAGCGGGGCCGAGUCGAGAACAGCCACAGCAUGAUGGACGGCGUGCUGAGCCAGGCAUAUGCCAUCAAUGAAAACUUCGGUGUCCAGAGCGAGACAAUUGCCAACAUUAAUCGGCGCAUUGUCGGCGCUGCUGGCAAUGUCCCCGGCAUGAACUAUCUCAUCGGCAAGAUUGGAAACAAGAAGAGGCGAGAUGCUAUUAUCCUCGGGUGCUUCAUUGGGUUCUGCUUUUUGAUGUUGCUGUUCUUCCGGUAAAGUAUGGAUGCGAGGCUCCAGCGGCAGGUCAUCUAUAGCGCUGCCACUAUGUCUUAUUGUUCUUGUGUCGAUUGCUGCUCUCCAGCGAGUGGAUUUAUCUUGUCGAAGGCGUUUGGGUUUGGGCAUGUUCCGAGUCCCCCUUGAUGGGGGAUGCGACAGAAUCGAUGAUAAUUCUCGUGAAAGGGUCUUGAAGGCGCCU